GUGACAAGUGGGCUGGCUCAUUGCAGCAGGUGACUGCUACUGUACAGUCCCUCUGAGAGCUUUUCCACUCAGGUACAGACAUUCCUGCGACUGGUUUCGGCAUUAAUUUUUUCCGAAAAAGCCUCUGGAAGAUGCAUAACCAAUACAUAUCUGUGAGCCCCAUCGAUGACAUCACUCUGAAGACCGAGAAUGGACCUCAACCAAAGAAACACCGCUACGUACGCAAAGAGGGCAGCUGUAACGUCGCAUUUCGCCACGUUCCCGAGGAGUGUCUCCUGUUUGUGACCGACAUCUUCACCACCUUGGUGGAGAUCAGAUGGAGGGUAAUGUUCCUGAUCUUUGCCUUGUCUUACAUCCUGUCCUGGCUUUUCUUCGGCAUCCUCUACUGGGUCAUCGCUCUCGCUAACGGCGAUACCAGUAACAUGACAAAUGAGCCCUGCAUGUACGAAGUGCACAGUUUCACCGCUGCUUUCCUGUUCUCGCUUGAAACUCAAACAACCAUUGGCUACGGUUACAGAGGAAUGUCCGAGAACUGCACGAUUGCCAUUAUCGUCGUCACUAUACAAGACGUCAUCAGCUGCUUCAUCGAUACGUUUGUCAUCGGAAUUGUUGUCGCCAAAAUGGCCUCGGCCAGAAAGAGGGCACAGACAGUGGGCUUCAGCAACAACGCCGUCAUCAAUCUUCGUGAUGGUUGCUUGUGUCUUUCCUUUAGAAUCGGGGACUUCCGCAGGAACCACCUAGUGGAGGGGACGGCAUGCGCUCAGAUUGUCCGUUCCACCGUGCAUAACACAGGGAAAAUGGACGUGACAUUUGAAGAUCUGGUCAUCCAGCAGAAGGACAUCGUCCUUGUCACGCCUACCACCGUCUUCCACAGGAUCGAACGCGGCAGCCCUCUGUACAAGAUGAGUUUGGUAGAUCUCAGGAAAGAAGACUUUGAGCUGGUGGUGUCCUUUACCUACACGGACGACCGCAGUGGUAUGCUGCAUCAGACCCGAACCUCGUACACUCCAGCAGAAAUCUACUGGGGUCUGAUGUUCCAGGAGAUGAUCAGGGUCAGCAGGAAGCACUACAGGGUGGAUUACUCCUUGUUUAAUACAACCGCUAAGGUGCUGGUGCCCGAAGUCAGUGCUGAGGAGUACGAAUACAAGAAGCAGCGGCUGCUCUGUCCCAGAUAUUCCCCGCAACCUUCACCCGGACCUUCCCCACAGCCAAAUCAUCAUGAAAAACUUAUGAAACCCCCAACAGUAACUGUAGAACUUGUAAAAGAUAGUUGUCCUGAACUAACUGUUUCAACAUAUCAAGAAGACUAUCAAUAUCAAGACACGUCGACUCUGCCCAAUGCAAAUACAGAAAUGUAAAAGCAGAGCCACGUUUGAGGCGGCCAUUCAUUAAGAAAUUGUGUUGAUUGUCCAUUUCUUUAGAGAAGUCACUGCUAAAGAGGAAUGUUGAGGAUGCUAUUGAAUCUCAAUUACUGUAAAAAUGUUGUAAGUUCUGGCUUCUCUGUGUUUUAGCAUGUGGUAUUUAAUUUAAUUUGUGGUUAAGUGACACUCCAGCCAAAAUCUGUCUUUUAAGUAUCAAAGACUCAACCAUUGAAACCUUGAAUGAUGGCACCCAUUAAUUUCAAUGAGAGCUGAUUAUUCAGCACACAAGCUACAGGCUAUUGAAUGGAUCCUUAGCAGUGGUACAGUGCGGUACAGGCUUCAGAAUGCUUUACAGAGCGCUACCAAAUACUAGUAAUGACGUAUGCUGCCUCCAUCUGUCCGUGAUCAUUGCCUUGCAGAUCGUCUCACCAGGCUACAUUCAAAAUCCCCACCUUCUCAUCCUUAAAACAGAAUAGGUCCGCCUCUGGCACCGCCCUUGACUUUAUAUUGAGAGGACAUCACAGACAAAAAAAAAUGUUUUUGUGGGCUUUAGGAAGGUUUUACAGAGAUUAAACCUCCAUAGUUUAACAAGACUAAGAGUCCACAGCCGCACUAGUGACUCCAUGAGGAUGUAACACAAUGACAAUGUUAGCAUGUUGAUGUGUGGCAAGUAUAAUGUUUACCAUGUUAACCAUCUUAGUUUAGCUUGUUAGCAUGCUAACCUUCGGUAAUUAACACUAAAAACAAAAGGCCAGUUGAGGCUGAUGGGAAUGUCAUUAGUUUUGUAAGGUAUUUAGUCAGAAACCAAAGUAUUGGAAGAAUUUAAAUUAUUGCACGAUGAUAGUAUGAUCUGAAAAGUGUGUGUGUGGGGGGGGCAUAUAUUUAGGUCUCACAACAGAGAAAUUUUAAUCACAACCAUGAAUGGCUAAACCUCACGGUGCUAAAAGAAUAGUCAGGUGAUCACCAAAGCCAGUUGAAAUCAUCCUCUGGGGACCAUGAAUGUCUGUAAAAACAUCCAAUCCAUCCAAUAGUUGAGCUAUUUCAGUCUGGACAGAAGUGGCUGAGCAAACAACAAAAUUCACACAAUUUAUAAUACAAAGACUUACAGUUGGCAGUGUUCACAGCUUUGAGUUGUCCUUACAGAGACAUUUUAACACACCUGCCUUCCAAAACGCCAAUCUGUGGAAAUCGAAAAAAAAAUUUUGAGCUGCAAUAAUACUACUGUUUCACAAUCUCUAUUAAUACAUCCAUGAUUGGGCCCAUGAGGGCGCCCACCUGCUACUGUGUCAUUGGUCAGGAGUAGCUAGCGAGUGACAAGCAUACGACCCAAAUUGUCAACUUCAACAGGAAUUUACACAGAUUAAUGAACGGGAGGCAGGGUUGUGUAUGAGACGUGAUAAAACAAGUGCUUUUAGUUUGGUGAAGGGGUGAGUGGUUUGAGAAGUUUAUAUGGAUGUUUUGACACAUUUUUACUUGUUCAAUCAAUCAAAAAUGUAUUUAUAGCGCACUUUAAAAUCCAAAGAGGACACAAAGUGCUGUACAGUAAAACAAUAAUACAUAAAAGCCCUAAAUACAAAACUCACACGACCCAUAUAAUACAAAUAAAAACAAUAACAAACCAAACAAUGAACCAAUACGAUCAAUAUAACCAACAUGAAUUGUCAAUUUCAGUUUUCAAAGGCCAAAGAAUGAAGGUGGGUCGCUGAGAAAUUUUAGAUAUGCAGAUAAUUUUCCUUAUUGUCAUCUCUUGAAUAACAUACUGCAGGAAACUGAAAAUGCACCGCAAGUUCUAGAAGUUUAACCAAAUUAAAGCAACAUCCAAGUCUGAUUUUUUAAGACCCAUUAUGUACCACAACACUUGCAAACUUUGGACCUAUUGCUCAGAGGUGCAUCUCAAUGCACACUUUUUGAAAUCCUUCCACAAAAUCAAGACCUACUGAAAAGGUUUUGCAUGUGCAGCUUCAUUUUGACAUGGUCAUGUUGUCAUCCGCAUCCACCCUCUUAACUUUAACUUUCAUUCUUACAACAACAACGGAAGUUGUAAGAUUGUAAUUCCUACUGGAAUUCAUGAUGAAACUACAAACUCUUCCAGCCACCUUUUAAGAUACAGAUAGUCGGUAUUUGAUACACAGAAAAUAUAAAUACUUGGUGGAGUGACACCACGACAUCAAAAUAUGAAACCUGUAAUGCACAGAGGCUCGUUAUUUGAAAUAGAUAUAUUUUAAUAAAUUAAAUAUUUAUGGGGCUGUUGUAAUAUUCAGAUUAAGGUUAGUGUAGACAUUAGGGCAAACGAUAAAAGACAAACCGUAUGGUAGAAAAUUAGUUUUUAUACUUUUUACGGACCAUAUUUCAUUAACUGCUGUUUCCAAUGUCAAAAAUGAAAUUCACUGUAAAUCUCAACCUUCUAGCCAACAUGGAUAAAAAGUCCUUAAAAUGACUACUAGGAAAUCUACUAAAGAAGACCAUGUAAUAGAAUCAGAAAGCUCCAGAACAGCUUCUAUGUAGACCUUGUAGUCAGAUUGUUUUGUCAACUGUUUAUUUUUUUUUUAAAAGUGUAAAAAGAAAUGACGUGGAAAUGAAAGGUCAAAACUUCAGAUUGUUACCUGCUACAUUUUCUCCAUCAUGUUGCAUGACUUUGACUGACUAUCACUAAGUUUAAUGUCUAGUCGCUGCCAAUUGUAAAUAAACAGAAGUCAUAGGGGCGAUGUGGCUAUGUCCCUUCUUGAGUAAGGUCAUAAGUGUUUAUAUGAAAGCAUGUAAAAUGUUAAGUUUUCUUUAUGUUUGUGGUGGUGGAAUCCCAUUUGUUUAGUAGUAAACACAAAGUCAAACAAUUAA